AUGGCGUCAACUGUCGUGUUAAUUAGCGGCGCAAACCGAGGUUUAGGCAAAGGACUCCUCGAGCUCUAUCUCGCUAAGCCAAACCACAUCGUCAUCGCUGCGAACCGCAAUCCAGAUCACCCUACGUCGAAAGCUCUUGCCCAACUACCUAAAGGGGAAGAUAGUCGCCUCAUCGUCAUCAAGGUUGACGCAUCGGUCGAAUCCGAUGCUUCCGAGGGUAUCAAACAGUUAAUCGCACAGGGCAUCGAUCAUAUAGACAUUGCCAUUGCCAACGCCGGUGUCUUGUAUUGCGUGCCUAAGGUCUCGGAAGUGAAGACGGAGGAAUUACAAGGACACCUCACGCCCAAUGUCUUCGGCGUGGUAUGGCUAUUCCAGGCUGCACUUCCGCUCCUCAAGAAUUCGACAAAUCCCAAGUGGAUAACCCUGGGCUCUGUCGGCGGAAAGAUAGUGCCAAGGGAUCAACCCGAUGUUCCCCACGCCGCGUAUGGACCGUCCAAGGUUGCGGCACACUGGAUAACCAAGCGGAUAGAUAAGGAAGAAGACUGGCUCACGGCCUUCGUGCUUAGUCCCGGUUUAGCAGACACCGACAUGGCGCGGGUAGCUCUCAAGGGCCUGUCAUCGGUUAAGGACAAGAUUCCGGUGCAACUCGUACCGGUGGAGGAAUCAUGCAAGGGGAUGGUGAAGGUGAUUGAUGUAGCCACGAAAGCCACACACGGGGGACGGUUCAUGACUUAUACGGGAGAUGAAGAUACGUGGUAA